UAUGACUGCUAUCUGUUUGUACCGUAUCUUCCUCGACGAAGCAAGUAAACGACGACAGUCAGGGUCGUAAAUAAUCAAGAGAAGACGUCCACGGAUUCCGUUCACUCUAAACAAGCCCGGCGCGGACAGCGUCUGGCUGAUUGCGUGGACCGCUUGACGGCAAAUCUCUUUGAGCAACUUCAGGGCGAAAUUGAACAGUUUCAGGUGCCCACUCGGUCUGCUUGGGUACCACGUUUAGCUCUAAAAGGGUCUCUUGAUGGUGUGUGCGGCGCGGUCGAAGUUGGGUACGCGUCCGAGCGCUAUCUCUCCUUCCCAACACCAGCCGCGGUGCUACUGUCGCGUCAGCAACGGGUUCACCUCUGCCAUUAUAAGGAGGCGCUCACUAAUGCCACUGACUUCGUUGAUGUGCUGGAGAGCCAGCAGGAGGUGAUAUUGCGCAGUCGGCGGGCUUCGCGCAUGGCUGUGAUGGCUUUGGAAAAGCUUACCUUACUUGUAGCUCCAAGUGAGAGAACCAUCGGGUAAAUUUGCGUCUGCAAUUUCUCUCAAAGUAUCUGGUAGUCUAUUUCUGCUAUAACAUAAUGAUAGAGAGUUUUACGAGUGAAACUUACGCCGCCACAGCAGUUUUUAUGUUUGAGUGUAUAGCCAAUGUGUCUGAGGACUAGGACGCUGCACUCGAAAUAUGCUUCUCGUUUUUUUCUUCUUGCCUGUGGGGUGUGGGGAUAGGUUUAUUAGGGUUUAGAUAUACAUAUUUACACCCACCUCUAGCACGGUUGGGAAGUUUUUUUUUAUCGUUGCGCAGGCUUAUUGAAUUACAAACAUUUAAUCUCUCAAGAAGCCACUCAAAGCGGUAUAUAUAUAUACGUAUAUAAUCGGUGUCUAACAUAUUUGCAACAAAUCCAUAAAGACAUGCUUUUCAAAGUACGCGCCGCUGCUCCUCAGAAGGAGGAACGCCCCAAGAAUCAAAUGUCGGUGGCGCAAAUCCUUGCAUUUCGCGAUACAUGGACUGAUGCGCCGCAUAAGGGCUUUUCGGUCGAUCGAAUGCUUUGCUCUGCUAGGAUGGAAAAACAAAAGAAGACUGAGGUGCCAAAGUUGGUAAUGUCCGACAACGGAUUUCGUGUGCGUGAUAAAACUGAGAUGGACGAGUCUGAGCUUGAGCUACGUCGUGUCCAAAGCGCGCUCAACAAGCUGACGGAGCAGAACUUCGAUGUGGUAAGUCAAGAGAUGCUCUCACACGAUCUCAUCUGUAAUGCAGCCGUGCUUCCUGGUGUUGUGAAGAUUGUUUUCAACAAGGCCGUUUCAGAGCCGGUCUUCUCCGCACUCUAUGCACGUCUUUGUGCGCGCAUCGCCAACUAUGAGCGGGAGCUCGUUAAUGAAAGCAAAAGUAAUCCGCGCAUUCUCCAGCGGCUUGAAGCUGCUCAGAAGCAACUCAUGAGGGAUUCUUACAUGCCACCCGUGGGUGACUUCGUGCGCUUUGUUCUGGUAUCCCAUUGUCAAAAGAUUUAUGAUGAGUUCCGAACUCAGGUUUCACCGAAAGACCCCGAGACGGCGGAGCAACUUCGGAAGCAAAACAUGGCCAACAUCAAGUUUAUCGGCGAGCUUUAUGUAAAAUCGCUUAUGACUACGCGUGUCAUCAUGAGUAUCGCAUCUUAUGCAUUAGCUCUCGGUAUUGAACCAGGAGUCACCAAGACAAACGUGUCCGACGUGGAUUUAGAAAUAGCGUACAAUCUUUUCUAUGUAAUAGGAAGGAAAUUUGACGAAAUGCCGAAGAACACCUACGGCGACGUAGUGUGGGGUGCAUUCCAAAAGUACGCGGACGAUUCUGGCUUCCCGAGACGCAUUCGCUUCUUGGUUCAGAACCUUUUAGACUGGCGAAAGUCGGGGUGGAAGCCAAAGGAUGUGACGCCUUUGGUCUCAUCCAGCGCCAAUACAGACACUCAGUCGGGCAGCAAUAAUCCUAACACUCAUAAUGAAAGCCAACACUCAAAGCCGAUGCACCGAGUGGUAAGCAUCAAUAACUACCAACACCAACAUCAGCAUUACCAACAGGCACGAUCCCAAGAGCGCGGCAACAGCUACGUUGAUCUUGGGCAGUUCAAUGAUGGCACCAAUAGCGGGCCCUUUUUCCAAUCGUGGCUACCUCCACCGGGAUCGGGGGUAUUACCAGAAACCGAAGCGACUUCGAUGAGCGAGGAGGACAAAAAGCUUCUUGUAUUGGCGCAGCCUCCGAAGAGCCUCACCCCUGAAGUGGAGGCGCAGAUCUGUAGCAUAAUACGAGAUGCUACCGUUGGCGACGACUGGCCAUAUGCUGAGAAUGCCCUCCGGGAGCUCAUGCCGAACGAGGGCAAGCUCGUAAGCAUCACGUGUGCCGUAUUCGCGAUCACGAAAAAGGUCACGCUCAGCAACAUUGAGGAUGACCGCAAGCUUUUCUCCACGUCGCUUCAAAAUAGCAUAUUUGCUCCUGUAGUGUCGAGGGGCUACUCGUGGUUCCUCGCGGAUGCAAUUGUGGAAAGCUACAAGGAGGAUGUGCCACUCGUCUUUUCUCGUUUCAUCGCGGCGGUCUUGGCCACUCCGUCUCUAGACUUCCUUGUAGUCGUGCGAGAUGUCAUGGCACGCACUGCGAACUAUCUCGACGUGCUUCUCACGGCUUUCAAUUACGUUAAUGUGGAGUGGGAUGAAGACUUCAUUGAAGUGUGGUCUAGUUUAGUCUCGGCAUGGAGCCGGGAGCGCUCGAAUGAUGCAGAGCUGAGGGACCCCAUUCGCAUCUUGGACUGUAUUGCGGGAGUGAAGCAGAGGUCUUUCAUGCGUGACAUCGCUCCGGAUUUUGUGAUGGAACUCGUGACGGCUGGCAUUAUUACUGAUGAGGCUGUAUCCGCAUGGACCGCGGAAAAGGGAAAUAAUGAUAAGUUCAAAGCGUUUUAUAAACAAAUUAUGCAAUUAUUUCCUGGACUGGAUCAGUAA